AUGGGGGUUCUCAAGGUCUUGACGGUGCUCUCAGCUAGCGCCCUCUAUGCUGUGGAGACCGAGGCAACAAUCCCCGUUCAGGGAGGCAUAAGUUCAGUUACAACCCCCAAACCCAAUUCACCUAACGCCCCCUCGCGUCUUCAGCCAACAGACAGCGAAGAAACGGAAUCUAUGGAGUCAACUGAAGACUACAAGGACUCAGAAGAAGAGAUUUCAACUUCUUCUUCUACCGAUGCAACACGACAAGCUGCUGCUCCUCGUGCAGCUGCUGCAGCUCCUGCUCCUCGUCCUCCUCGCUCCCGCAGCGGCGACCGCACCGAAAGCCACCUCAGCAGCAGCUCAGAAGAAGAGAUUUCAACUUCUUCUUCUACCGAUGCAACACGACAAGCUGCUGCUCCUCGUGCAGCUCCUGCAGCUCCUGCUCCUCGUCCUCCUGUAGCUUAUCCUAAUGCUGCUGCUCCUUCUCCUGCUGCUGCUGCACCAAAAACCCCAAAACCAGCAGCAGAGAAACAAGGCUUGAGUUCUGCUGCUAGCCGCAGCGCUCCCGCAGCGGCGACCGCACCGAAAGCCACCUCAUCAGCAGCACCUAAAGCAGCAACAGCAACAGCAGCAACAACAGCAGCAGCAGCAAAACCUGCUGCUGCUACUGCUGCUGGUCGUAAAGCAGCAGAACCAGCACCGGCAAAAGAAGUUGAUGAUGAGGAGGAGGAUGAGGAUGAAGAAGAAGAGAGAAGCGAGAAGACUGAAACCGUCGCCAAGAAAGAAAAAGAAACUCCUAAGGAGAGAAACCUCCGCACAGCGUCAGCCAGCACUGCUUCUGAAGAAGAAAAAGCCAAAACUGCAGAAGACAAAGAAAAGUCCACAGAAAAAGCCAAAGAAGGAGACGCUGAUCGCACCGGUGGCGGCGGUGGCAGCAGUGGCGGCAAUGGGGAAACAUCAUCAACAACAACAACAACAACAGCAACAAAAGACGGAUCAGAAGGAGCAACACCAACAGCAGAAGGAGGCACAACAGAAGCUGAAACAACUACCCAAGCGGCCUGGGGUUCUUCUUCUGCUUCUUCUCCUGUAUUAGGAUUCGCUGCUGCAGUGUUUGCCGUUGUUGUUGUGGUAAAGCCUAAGAGCGGCACCGCUUCGUUGAUUUAUAUUUUCAUACGUAGAAAAGAAGUUGAUGAUGAGGAGGAGGAUGAGGAUGAAGAAGAAGAGAGAAGCGAGAAGACUGAAACCGCCGCCGCCAAGAAAGAAAAAGAAACUCCUAAGGAGAGAAACCUCCGCACAGCAUCAGCCAGCACUGCUUCUGAAGAAGAAAAAGCCGAAAGUGUAGAAAACAAAGAGAAGACCCCAGAAAAAACCAAAGAAGGAAAGGAUGGCGCCGGUGGCGGCGGUGGCAGCAGUGGCGGCAAUGGGGAAACAUCAUCAACAACAACAACAACAGCAACAACAAAAAAAGUAGGAGAAGAAGGAUCAACACCAGAAGCAGACGAUGGCACAACAGAAGCUGAAACAACUACCCAAGCGGCCUGGGGUUCUUCUUCUGCUUCUUCUCCUGUAUUAGGAUUCGCUGCUGCAGUGUUUGCCGUUGUUGUUGGCUUGUGGGCUUUCUAA